UAUUUGCCAUUCCAAAAAUUAAAACGGGGAUUAGUCAUCUUCCUCUGCCUUCUCAUCUCUCUGUUUUUUUAUUCUUUCUCUGUAUCACAGUCGAUCGAUCUGCCAAAUCUUUACCAUUGUUCAUUCCUGAGCUAGAGAUACCUUACUCCCUCACAGGGUUAUUUUUCAGAGACAAUGGAUGGAGAGAUAGCCAAUAUCAAGAAAUGGGUAGUUAUAUACCCAGUCUAUAUAAAUUCGAAGAAAACUAUACCUGAAGGGAGGCGGAUUUGUGUGAGCAAGGCAUGUGAGAGUCCUACUUGUGCUGAAAUUGGGGAUUGCUGCAGCCAUUUUAAACUCCCUUUUGCAAUUGAGAUAGAUAAAGCUUAUCCACGCGAUUUCAUGCAAAGAGGAAGAGUAAGGGUGCUGCUGAAAAAAGAGGAUGGGACUCUCUAUAAUCCAGCUAUUUCUUCAAGGAAACAGCUGAUGCUGCGAAUCGCAGAGUUAGUUCCAAGGCAUCCUGGGAGGACAAAGAAGCAAGAGCCUGCAACCACGUCAAAUGCUGCAUCUUCAAAAUCCGGAAAGGGUGGGAAAAAGAAGAGAUAGCUGUAGUUUUACAGAUUGCGUAGGUCUUCCAUUUUGUUUUGUGAGCAGAAUCAAUGGUUCUGAUAGGCAACCGGAGUUAGGUCGUGUUGUUAGGUCCUUAGGUUCCAUGAGGUUUGGGAUUCAAUACCUAAUGGAAACCUGCCUUGCAAGUGUUUCAUACCUCAAAGAUUGCAUGUUUUUUUAGCUGGACAACAAUGAAAAACAAAAUGGAUUCGGGCAUCUUUAAAAUGCGGCCAUACCUUUUAACAAAAUGGAGGACAUACUUAUUUGCAUAGACUUCAUUGAUUUAUCUUUUAUCCAUUGUGAUAGGAAUGCUAACUCUAUUGCUCACUCUCUUGCUAAACUUGCUCUCUAUGGAGAAUGAUAAAGUGCUGUGGCCUGGACUUCCUAUGUGUGCUUGGCCCUAGUGCUUGUUGCUUUUGUAUUUGUAUUGCCAUUGGCGGUUUAGCCUUUUAUAAAAUCUUCAUUUCAAUUCUAAAAA